UAGCAUUACUACUAGAUUCAGUGUUCAUCAUUGUCAAGUUGCUGGGACCGUCCCGUCUACAGGAAUCUCAGCCAACUAGAGGCUUUAUGCGUUCAUUGUAAUUACGGUGAAUAUGGAGGCCAAUAGAUUUAAUAACAACCUUACCGGCCAACGUGGCAAUGGAGGAGAUAGAUUGCUCUCCCACUUAUCUACCAUGUUACAAGAAUUUAUGGAAGCAAUGGCACAAGCUGCAGGUGCUGAACAAGAAGGAAUUGGAGAAAGUGACCUUGUAUCAGGUUUAGCUUUGGCUAAAAGCCCAUUACAUUUAGCAUGUUACAAAGGAGAUUACAAUAAAGUUGUAGAACUGAUCACUGAUGGUAAUAUCAAUGUUAAUUGUCUAGAUGAUGUAGGGCGACCUCCUAUAAUUCAUGCAUCACAUAAAGGUCACACCAGAAUAGUCAAGUACCUUGUACAACUUAACGACUGCAAUGUAUCUGUAGUCGAUAAUGAGGGCCGUUCAGCUCUUCACUAUGCAACAAAAGGAGGCCAUAAUGAGACUGUUAUGACCUUGUUGCAAGAUGGUCGCUGUGAUCCAAUGCAAGAAGACAAAGAAGGUAUUAUUCCACUUCAGUUAGCGUCCUAUGAGGGAUAUCUCGAUAUUGUAAAGCUACUUGUUGGUCAGCCUAGAGUGGAUCCAAAUCAUACUGAUCGUAAUGGACGCACUGCUCUUCAUGUGGCCAGUCAAGAAGGACAUUUAUCUGUAGUUCGUUACCUCAUUAGUGAAUGUGGAUGUGACCCAAAGUGUCGUGACAAGUUCAAUGGCGUUACUCCACUUCACCUCUCAGUUGCUAAAGGACAUAUUGAAGUUAUUGAAUACUUAUGCCGUCUUGAGGGUGCUGACGUUGAAAUUUUGGAUUCUACCGGUCGGACCCCAUUUUUCAGAGCUUGUCAAUAUGAGCAGUUCGAAGCAGCUAAGCUUCUUGUGAAAGAGUUUAAUGUUAAUCCUUCAACAGAAGAUGUUGAGAAAAGUGUUCCACUUCAAGUAGCAGCUUUGACUGGUAAUUGUGAUAUAGUCGAGUAUUUAGUUGAACUUCCAGGAGUGGAUCCCAGUCACAAGGACAGCAAAGGUCGUGCUGCAAUUCAUUUUGCUGCUCAAGGAGGAAAUUUGAAGCUUUUCAAGUUACUUGUUGAAAAAUGCAGCUGUGAUCCUCAUAUGAUUGACGGUAUUUUUGGCAUUAGUCCACUUCAUUUAGCUGCAAAUAAUGGACACCAAUCCAUCAUUGAGUAUGUGUGUUCAUUGGAAGGAGCUAAUCCACACUUAAAAGACAAGAAAGGUCGUACUCCUCUCUUUUAUGCAUGUGAAAUGGGAAACAAAGAGUCUGCUGUUUACCUCAUUGACAAGCAAGGAGUUGAUCCCACUCACUCGGAUGCUAAUGGUUUGACUGCCCUCCAAGUUGCUAUUCGAUCUGGUAAUAAUGAAUUGAUAUCUUUUCUCAAAAGUCGCUAUCCUAAUGCUGUCUUUACUCCUCCAGAGGCAAAGUCAUGGCUGAAAGGGAAAGAUUCUUCUACUUAUGUGGCAAGAAUGCUAGCAGUGAGAGGGAACCUUGCCCAAUUGAAGGAAUCUCUUAGAUCACUGACUGAUGUUGACAUUAAAGAGUCCAAAGGGCCUCAAGGUGAAACAAUACUCCACAAUGCUACAUUUGCGGGACAUCUAGACAUUGUUGAGUAUCUCGUUGAAGAAUGCCAGCUUGAUAUAUCGGCUCAAGAUGAGAGUGGGCACACCCCUCUUCACAAUGCUUCACACGAAGGUGAAAGCUUGAUUGUUCGUUAUCUUGGUAAUCGUCCUGGGGCCAAUCCUGAUCCAAAAGAUUACCAAGGAAGGACUCCUUUACACUAUGCCAGCCAGAAUGGACAUUUCCAGACUGUGUCAGUACUUGUGAAUGAGCUGAGAGCUGAUGUAAUGGCUUCUGACAACUCUAAAGUCCUUCCUCAUCACUUAGCCGCUAGUAAUGGGCACCUUGAAAUAUUGAAACUCCUUAUAUCAUCAACAAAUGAGUCACCCAAAGCUGUUGAUAAAAAUGGUCGCUCGUGUCUUCAUGCAGCAGCACAAGAGGGUAAAAUGGAUGUGAUAAAGUACCUGAUUGAAGAGUGUGACUUUGAUAGUAUGGCUGAGGAUAAUUCUCAUGGUAUAACUGCAUUGCAUUUGGCAGCUGUGUCUGGUAAUAUGCCGCUGGUAGAGUACCUCACAUCACUUGAAGAUUGUCAGCCUGACUGUGCUGAUAAACAUGGUCGAACACCACUCCAUUAUGCUUGUCAGAGUGGCUGUGCAGACGUCGUUCGUUUCUUAGUGUUAGAGAAGAAAUGUGACCCUCUCCUAUGUGACAUGAAAGGCAUGACUCCUUUCACUCUUGCUAGUUUUGUUGGUGAAGCAAAUGUUAUCAAUUUCCUACAAGAAUUUUGUAAAGGUAUUGGAGCAACAGAUGAUGAAGGAAAUAACAAUGCCAAUAUGCCAAACAUGCCUGGAUUCUUACCUGGUCAGUUUCUAUUGCACUCUGUUGUUGCAAAUGGCAACUUAGAGCGCCUCAAAGCAGCACUAUCAAAACCUGGAGCUGAUGCAAAUGCUACUGGACCAAGUGGUGAACUCCCUCUACACAUUGCCUGCCACGCUGGUCAUCUAGAUGUGGUCCAGCAUCUCAUUGAAGAAUGUCACUCUGAUAUUAAUGCCAAAGAUAAAUCGCUUCACACACCUUUACAUAACUCCUCUCAUGAGGGUCACUUGCCCAUUGUGAGGUAUCUUAUUGAUCGCAAAUGUGAAAAGAAUCCAGUUGAUGACAAUGUCAGGACACCACUACACUAUGCUUGUCAAAACAAUCACCUUCUAGUAGUAAAGUUCCUUGUCAAUGAGGCUGAAUGUGACAUCACAUUGGAAGACAAAGAUGGGACCACUCCGUUUCAAUUAGCUAUUUUUGCUGGAAGGAAAGAAAUUGCAAUGUUCCUGGGAAAGCUGCCACUGUGUAACACAGAAGCACUAGACAAGCAUGGACGCACUCCUCUUCAUUAUGCUGUACAAGAAUGCCAUCUUGAUCUUGUCAAGUUUCUUACUGAAGAAUGUAAAGCUGACAUUAACAGGAAAGACAAGAAUCAUGGUAUUGUUCCACUACACUUAGCUGCCCUACGUGGUAACCUACCAAUUACACAGUACUUGUGUUCUCAGCCUCAAUGUAAUGUCAAUGUUAAGAACGAUUCUGGUAUCACGCCCAUGCAUUGUGCAGCAAAAGGUAACUUUCUUCAUGUUGCAAAAUACCUUGUUGAGGAGAAAAAUUGUGAUUUGAGCAUUACUGAUAGCAAUGGUUGUACAGCAUUUGAUGUUGCUGUUAUGAUAGGUAACAGUGAGGUAGCCACAUAUCUCAUGCAGAAAGGGGCAAAAUCUGCUCAAAAAGGUAUACCAUUGAUGCAUAAAAUCCUUGCUCAGAGACCUCAAGAAUUGCGUAACAUGUUUUCAAAUUUUAAAGCUAGUUUUGGUCUACUUCAGUAUGCUGCUGAUGGUGACUUGGAAGGGCUUAAGAGAGCAAUGGAGAAGUCACAAGGAGAGAAAACCCCUACUGGCCCUAAUGGUGAAACUGCUUUACAUUUAGCUGCUUUUGGAGGUCACCUAAAACUAGUUGAGUAUCUUGCUAUUGAAUGCUCUUACGAUUGCAAUGCUGUUGACAAAGAUGGUCACACCCCUGUCCAAUGUGCAGUUUAUAAUGGCCACACCAAAGUUUUACAGUUUUUCAUGUCACAGAAUGGAUGUAAAAUAAGACUAGAAGACAAGAAUGGUAGAAUACCUCUACACUAUGCUUGCCAAGGUGGCCAUUUUGAAGUGCUGAAACUUCUUUUGGAAGGAAAUGAGGGUGAUGUCAUGCACGAAGACAGUGAAGGUACCACUCCAUACCAGUUAGCAGCAUACAAUGGUCAUCAAGAGAUUCUUGAGUAUCUCUCUUCUCUUUCUACCUGUCAAUCAGACCACACAGACAAAAAAGGUCGUGGUGCUUUGCAUUGUGCCUGCCAAGAAGGUUACCUUAAAGCAGUGCAGCAUCUUAUUAAUGAUUGUAAAUGUGACCCAUGCCUUCCUGAUAAAACAAAUGGAGUAAGUCCUCUCCAAUUUGCUGCAGCAAAGGGUCACUCUGAUAUUGUUUGUUUUCUUGGGAAAUUGGAUGCCGUUGAUGUUGAGUACAGAGAUAAAGAUUCACACACUGCCAUCCACAGGGGAGCAGAAGGCGGUUUCUUAGAUGUGGUGAAGUGUCUUGUGGAAAAACUACAUGCAGAUCCUUCUGUUGCUGAUAAGAAUGGUGUUACUCCACUUCAUUUAGCUGGUUUUCAUGGUCACCUAAGUAUGGCACAGUUUUUGGGUAAUCAUAAGUUAGUUAAUUGCAAUGCUACUGAUUCUCAUGGACGCACUGCAUUACAUGUUGCUGUUCAACAAGGCAAUUUUCAAAUCGUGAAAUUUCUAAUAGAUGAAAAAAAGUGUGACCCCAUGCUUAAAGACACACUCCAUAGUGUCAACUGUCUUCAUCUAGCUGCUGCAGGUGGUAAUCUUGAACUCUUCAAGUAUCUCUGUAGUUUUGAGAAAUGUGAUGUCAACGAAUGUGAUUUGAUGAAAAAGACCCCAUUGCAUUUUGCUGUUAAGGAAGGAAACACCGAGAUAGUUAGGUUCCUUGUACAAGAGAAGCAAGCUGACACAUCACUUGCAGAUGCUAUAGGUCUCACACCUACAGAUCUUGCCAUGAUAAUUGGUAAUCAAGAAACAAAGCAAAUUUUAGUUGCCAAACAGCCUCCAUCAUCAACUUCUCGUUCUACUAUGGAAAAGCUUGCUAACUUAAAUAUUUCAGACACGUCUUUUAAAGUGCCACAUGAUUCCAAAGGUUUUUUUGUUCGAUUGUUAGCCAUUGAGGGUAACUUAGAACAGCUAAAAGAAACUGUGACCAAACUAGGUAAGCAUGUUGUUACUGAGACUGGCCCUCAGGGUGAAUUACCACUUCACAAUGCUAGUUUUGCAGGGCACCUCGAUGUGGUCAAAUAUCUUGUAGAAGAAGCUAAUUCACCAAUCAAUUGUGUUGACUCUGAUGGACACACCUGUUUUCAUAAUGCAGCUCAUGAGGGGCAUACUUCAAUUCUUCGUUACCUUUCAUCUCAACCAAAUGCUAAUGCAAGUGUAAAAGAUCAUGAUGGUCGUGUUCCACUUCAUUUUGCAUCUCAGAAUGGUCACUAUGAGUCAGUGGAAUUUCUAGUCAGUGACCUCCAAUGUGAUAAUGUUGAUAUAGAAGAUAAUACUGGUAUCACUCCUGCUAAAUUAGCUGCUGGAGGAGGUAACAUUAGGAUAUUGAAAUUUCUUAUUGAGAAAGGAGCUAAUCCGAAUAGCUCUGAUCAAAGUGGUCGUACUGCUCUUCAUGCUUCAUGCCAAGAAGGCAAGACUGAGGCAGUCAAAUAUCUUGUUGAAAAUUGUAAUUCUGAUUGCAUGAAAAGAGAUUUUAAGCACUGUGUGACUCCACUCCAUUUGGCGGCUAAUAAUGGCUACAUUGAUAUAGUAAAAUUUCUUUGCUCACAAACUGGAGUGGUUCCUGAUUGUGUUGACAAAUACAAUCGUUCGCCACUUUAUUAUGCUUGUCAAAAGAAAUCUUUACCUACUGUUCAGUUCCUUGUGGAAGAAAAGAGAUGUGACCCACUUAGGAAAGAUAAGGAUGGAGUUACACCUCUUGAUGUGGCAGUAAUUAAUGGUAGUUUUGAUGUUGUUACAUUUUUAAAAUCAACUGAUGCUGUUAAAAGUUCCUUAAAUAAGAACUCUAAAAAUGGUUCUCCAUCUUUAGCUAGUAAUAUGCACAUUAUAAUGCUUGCAGCAAACGGUCACCUUGAAGCUUUGAAGAAAGCACUCUCAACUCGAUCAUCUUCAGAUGUUCCUUAUGGGCCACGCAAGGAGUCUCCACUUCAUUUAGCAUCAUUUUCAGGACACUUAAAUAUUGUUAAAUACUUAGUGACUGAAUGUCAAUAUCCUACUUGCACUCAAGACAAUAAUGGUCACACUCCUAUUCAUCUUGCAGCAAUGAGAUGUCAUUUGAGUGUCAUAGAAUUUCUUGCUGAACAAAAUGACUGUGACCUUACGCUACCUGAUGAGAAUGGUCGACUGGCUCUUCAUUGUGCCUGUGAGGAAGGAAAACUCCCAGUCAUAAAGGCUUUACUUGAUAAAAUGGAUGAAGAUUAUUAUGAUCACGAAGACAAUGAAGGAACUACUCCUUUUCAACUUGCUGCUUAUGCUGGUCACUUGCACCUUGUGAAACUGCUGGCAGAGAAGCCAUCAGUUAAACCAGACAGAGCUGAUAGUGAUGGGAGAACAGCUUUACAUUGUGCAUGUCAACAAGGUCACACUGAAGUUGCCAAGUUCUUGCUUGAAGAGUGUCAUGUUGACCCAACGAUUGUUGAAAAGAAACAUAAAGUAACCCCACUUCACAUUGCUGCUAAUAAUAGUCACACAGAAAUUGCUAGACUUUUAUGUUCUCAGAAAAAUGUAAAUGUUAAUGAAAAAGACAAGAUUGGCCGUACACCACUGCACUAUGCAUGUCAAACCACUAAUGAUGAAUUGGUCAAGCUUUUCCUUGCAGAAGCUAAAACUGAUCCACAUGUACAAGAUGACAAUGGUAUAAAGCCACUAGAUAUUGCUAUUGUUGUUAGCAGUGAGAAAGUAUUGAAAGCUUUUCGUGAUAUGAAUCUUCUUGAAGAUGGAAAUGGCAAUGAUAAUAAUGGUAAUCAAUUAUCCUUCAAUGGACUUGGCAUGCCGGUGGGAAGACUGAGAAAUGCUCUUAGGAGAGGAGUAGGACGAUUUGAUCUUCAUGUCAUGGCAGCUCGAGGUGACCUUGAUAAGCUCAAAAAGACCUUGUCUUCAAAUCCUGGCAGAGCACACGAACGUGGGUUACAGAAUGAAACCAUAUUGCACACAGCUUCUUUUGGUGGCCACCUUGAAAUGGUUCGUUACUUACAAGACACUUUCUCUUAUGACCUAAAUGAUAAAGAUGAAGAUGGCCACACUCCAAUACACUCUGCUGCUCAUGAGGGAUAUACAGAAAUAGCUCGCUACCUUGCUAACCAACCAAACUGUAGCCUUGAGGAGAAAGACAAGAAUGGACGUGUUCCACUUCAUUUUGCUUGUCAGAAUGGACACUUGGGUGUUGUUAAAUUUUUAGUGGAAGAGAAAGGAUGCAAUUUAAAGGCAGAAGACAACAAGUCAGUCACUCCAUUGGAGUUAGCAGCUGAAAAUAGGAAGCUAGAGAUAAUGGAAGUAUUGAUAAAGCAUGGAGGAGACCCAGCUCAUGUAGACAAACAUGGAAGGACAACACUUCACUAUGCAGCACAACACAAUAAUGUGGCAGUGGUCAAUUAUCUCCUCAAUGAUUGUAAAAUGAGCUGCCUCUCCACAAAGAAUGAGGAAGGACAUGUCACUCCUCUACACUUGUCUUGUGAAGGAGGGAUUUUUCCUACAGUCAAACUCCUUUGUGAGCAGGAGGAUUGUGAACCGGAUAUUAUUGAUCAUCAUGGGCGGUCUCCUCUUCACUAUGCAUGCCAAGAAGGACAUUUUGAAGUUGUUCAAUAUCUUAUCAAGGAGAGGAAAUGCAAUGCACUAUUAAAAGACCCAAAAGGCAUCACACCUUUUGAGUUGGCUCUUUUAAAAGGCCAUAAUAUGAUAAUUAAUUUCCUCCAAGCAGAACUGUCUAAUAGUGUCCCUGGUGGGUGGGGAAAGGAGAACAUGGCUAAACUUCUACAUGGUGCUGAUGCUAAAGGUCUGAGGAUUCGCUCACUAGCAAUAACUGGUAAAUUAAAUGAGUUGAAAGUUGCUCUUCAAGAAGUUGGCACAAAUGCUGCUUUAAAUCUUGGCCCAGAAGGAGAAACAUUAUUGCACAAUGCUUCAUUUGCUGGUCACCUUGGCAUUGUUGAGUACCUAAUAAAUGAAUGUCCUUUUGAGAUUAACAAACCUGAUUCAGAUGGUCACACUCCACUACACAAUGCAUCACAUCAGGGAUUCACUGAGAUUGUGUAUGUCCUUUUAAAAGUGAAUGAAUGUGAUCCCAAUGUAUCUGAUCACAAUAAACGUACCCCAUUACACUUUGCUUCACAGAAUGGCCACCCAAAUGUUGUGAAGGCUCUCAUUGAAAAAGGAGCUAAUGUUGGAGUCACAGAUAAGAACAAAGUCACACCUCUUCACUUGGCAUCUUUUGUAGGACACCUUGAAAUAAUUCGUUUCCUCUGUGAACAAGAUGGAGUUGAUGUUAUGGCUAAGGAUGUGAAAGAACAGGAGCCUUUACACUGUGCCUGUCAGGAAGGCAAAAUUAAUGCUAUCAAAAUAUUAGUCAAUGAGUUUGGUGCUGAUCCUAAUGCUAAAGCAUAUCGUGGAGUAAGGGGCUUACAUUUAGCAGCUAACAGUGGUCACCUUAAUGUUGUCCAGUUCUUAUCUGAUCUGCCAGGCAUUGAUCCUGAUGUUACUGAUGAUCGUGAUUGCUCUCCUUUAUUCUAUGCUUGUGAUGAAGGUCAUUUGGAUAUAGUCAAGUUCCUUGUUGAGCAAAAACACUGCUCUGUGACACGUCAGGAUAAGAAUGGCAUCACACCUUUUGAGAUAGCAAUGUUUAAACGAAGAGAUAAAGUUGUUGAGUACCUAAAGGCAAAAAUUCCUGAGCUUGGAAAACGUGUUAAUGUUAUAGAAAAGGGUCACCAAUGGAUGAUGAAUGCAAGGGAUAAGUUUCCUCAGAAUAUAAAAUUAAGAUCACUAGCCAUUGAAGAUGACAUUGAUGAAGUGAAGAAGAUACUAGAGAGUGCAAGCAUUGCAGAGAGAAAGAAGACUAUACACACUAGAGGCCCUCAACAAGAAUCUGUACUUCACAAUGCAGCUUUAGCUGGGAGUAUUAAGGUUUCUCGUUAUCUAAUACAAGAAUGUCAAAGUGAUUUGAGUUUUAAGGAUUCUGAAGGGCAUACUCCAGUUCAUAAUGCAGCUCAUGAUGGACACACAGAAAUAUUGAGACUAAUGGCUCAGCAACCUGGAGUCGACAUGGAUCCAUUGGACCACACUUUUAGAACCCCACUUCACUAUGCUGGACAGAAUGGACACUUUGAAGCAGUUAAGUUUUUAGUAGCUGAAUGUAAAUGUGAUCCAAUGAAGAAAGACAAAAAGAGAGUUACUCCAUUGCAAUUAAUGGUGUCGAAUGGGCACUUUGAAAUCGUAAAAUACCUUGAUGAAAACUGUGAACUUCAUUUUGAUCACUGUGAUGCAAAUGGGCGUACUCCUCUCCAUUAUGCAUGUCAGGAUGGGCAUACUGAUAUGGUCAAGUUUUUAGUGUCUCAGAAAUCCUGCAACAUUAAUUUGGAAGAUAACUCAAAGAUAACUCCUACUCAUCUCUCAGUAGAGGCAGGACAUUUUGAUAUAGUAGAAUACUUAUCUAGCUGUGAAGGGGUUGAUUUUAAUCACUGUGAUAAGCAUCAGAGAAUCCCACUACACUAUGCUUGUCAAAAUGGUCACUUUGAAAUUGCUUGUUUUCUUGUUGAAAAGUUCAAUUCCGAUCCGAUGAAAAAAGAUGAAAAAGGUGUAACACCUUUUCAAUUGUCUGGAGAAAAAGGAAAUUUUAAGCUAGUUAAGUAUCUUGCUGGUCUGCCGAACAGUAACCCACAUAUUUGUGAUCAGCAUGGGCGCUCAAUCCUUCAUUAUGCAUGUCAAAAUGGUUGCACUGACAUUGUCAAGCUUCUUGUGGAUGAUCAUGAUGCCGACUGUAAUUUGGAAGACAGGACAAGAGUAACACCACUCCAGUUAGCUGCAGAGUGUGGUCAUUUUGAUAUUGUCAAGCACUUAAUUUCUAAUCCCCGAACUGAUCCACAUCAUACAGAUAAUAGUGGUCGCACUGCUUUACAUGGAGCCAGUCAAAAUGGACACACUGAUAUUGUUAAGAUGCUAGUUAAUGAAUGUCAGGUCGACUUUAACCAGAAAGACACAGCUUUUGGUGUGAGUUCCUUGCAACUUGCUGCUGGAAAUGGAAGCCUUGAUAUACUAAAAUUUUUUGCUUCAUUUGGUAACUGUGACAUGUCUAUUUCCUCGACAAACGGAAGGACACCACUUCAUCAAAGUGCACAGGAUGGUCACUUUGAGGUAGCUAAGUAUUUAGUGAAUGAGCACCAUUGUGAUCCAACAGUUAAAGAUUCAAGUGGUGUCACACCUGUACAUUUAGCUGCUUUUACUGGACAAUAUGAUAUGGUAAAGUUCUUUUCAACUAUACCUGGUGUUUCACUUGAUGUUCCUGAUGAAGAUGGACGCUCUCCACUUCAUUAUGCAUGCCAGAAUGGUCAUCGUGAGAUUGUUCAAUUUUUAUUACAAAAAAAUUGCAAAGCAGACCGUGCUGAUGAGAAUGGUGUAACUCCACAAAUGUUAGCUAUUGGAAAUCCAGGAAUCAUGCAACUUCUGAUAGGAAAGGAAGGAGAAGACCCUUUAAAUUUCCUGAAUCAAGGAGUAGGUCUACCUGGACUAGAUGAACUCAAUUUUCCUCCACCUGAUGAGUUACUGGAAGCUCUCAGACAGCUGAACUUCAGUGACAAUGAAAACAGCAACAGGAAUAGAAACGAAAGAAACAAUGACAAUAACUGUUCAAUUCAGUGAUGUACUUUGUCUAUGACUGUAUUAUUAUUGCUAUUAUACAUUUAUUCUGUACGCUUUCUUAUGUGGCUUUAUUCUAUGCUGCUUUUAGCUGUUUUGACAUUAGUGGUAAAAUACAUGUAUUUUUACGAUGUAGCUAAGCUGUCAUUUAAACCUCAUUUUGGUAAUGAUUUUUAUUGUAAAGUUAUGUUAAGAA